AUGGCAACAUCCGGGAGGCAUGUCGUGCACCCUCUUGGGAAUGAUCGAGAGUAUGUACAACAAGCAAAUGCUAUGGCAGGGCGGAUGUGCCUCCUCAUUUACUUGGUGGAGGCAUGGAGUGCCCGAUGGUGGAUGGGACACUACGGUGCGAAAACUCCCAAACGCCAUGUUGCUUGGAGCAGUAGUCCCAAAGUGGGAUUGCUGAACCGGGGAAAGCUCAGCUGGGCAUCGAUGCGUGGCCGGGAUUACGACAAGCACAAGACUGCGGUGACUGGGGUGUCCAAGUCUGGAAAGAAGACUUUUCAGGGUCGCAAGCAGCAGCUCAAAGCUUCCCAGUGGCUUAGCUCUAAUGAACGGUGGGUUUUCCAAGGCUGCUAUACAAACGAACCUUGCUGUUACAAGGGAUUGUAG